AUGUUGUGAGCAAUAACUUUAUAUUUAAAGUUAAGUUAUCAAUUUUUGGAGGUAGCUCUUGCUUCUCAAAUUUAUAAAAUCCAGUAUAAACACUGGUUUUACAGAAAUAUACAUGCACUGAGGGUUUACACUUCUUCUUCUUUGAGUAGCAAAUCUCAAUUUGGUUUGACUAAUCUAAAACUGUUGCUCAUCGUUCUGGAGAUAAUCAUCGUUUUUUGCAUGGCUAUUCUUUGUGGGAAAGUAUAAUUCUCCCUAUAGAAGUGUGCAUCUAAAAAUAUUCCAGGAAAUAAGGGGUGAAUUUACAGAAGCCUCGAUACUCAGAACUAUAGUAAGAAAGUGGUCUUGUUAUAAGCUCUAAAGCAGGUUCUGGUAUGUGCAAUAGAAAUCCGUCUCCUGAAGCUUUUAAAAUUACCAGGUUAUCUAAGCCUGAAGAUAUUUUAGACGCUUAUUUUGCACCGU